AUGUCUGUAUACUUUGCCAACAUCAAACCCCAGCAGCUCAAGGAUACGUCGCCUACUGGUAAAACAUGCCAGGACAAGGUGCUCCAUCUCUCCAUGAACGCAAUUGCAUCGCGUAUUGCCAAUACCAGGGCCGACGGGUCGAUACGGGUAUGGAAAAUCACGAGCCAGGGGCCUUCGGAUUGCGUUCAGAUCAAGUCUGGCCAUGCUGAGCCCGUGGAAAGAGUCUCGUGGCAUCCUAGUACAGAUAACCGGUUUGCCAGUGUGGGAGGAGAUGCAAUUGUCAAGGUGUGGACGCUGGCUGGUGUGUUGGAACGAGAAGUUCACUUGGGAAGCGAAAAGGGCGAAGAGAAGUUCCGUUUGGUGGACUACUCUGUUGAUGGGCUGUACUUGUCGGUUGUAGACGGGUCUCGUCUUUUGGUUUUGGAUGUCAAGAAUGGGUACCAGAAAUUGCACGAGGAGACGCUUGCAAGCGUUGUUUCUGAGGUGAAGUGGCUGUAUGAUCAGAAUACUGUGCUAGUGGGCUUGCAAGAUGGACGGAUUGUUAUUUUCAGAGUCGGAGAGUCGCUUGAACAGCUUGCUAUGCUUCUGGGCGCUCGACUGGCGGUAAACUCCAUAGCUAUUGAUCCAAAAGGUAGGGUUAUAUGUGCUGGAUGUGAAGAAGGUAUUGUUUACUUUUGGAGAACUUCUGAUUUGCAAAACUCACAAGCCUUGACGAAAAUCGAUGAGUCUGUUACUUGUGUUGAUAUAAACCGUGACGGGAAUUACCUUGCUGUGAGCUACGCUAAAGAUUCCAAUACUAGAAUCUACGAUGUGGGGACUUUACAGCAGGUGCACGAAAUUCCAGACACCGCUUCGAAAACGGUGGGUUCCUCGCUGAUUAAAUGGUUGCCCAAUUUAACAGGCUACAUUUACACUGCGGAUCAGACGAAAUUGGUGUUUUAUGCGAAGAAGCUGGUGUAG